AUGAUGAAGCAAACACAUUCUCAAUGUCUUCCAUCUUGCCAUCAGUGCCCUCGCUUGCAUCACCACUUGCUACUUCUACUACUUGCUUCCAUCACUUCAUUCGUCUGCUGCCAGCAGGUCACAACUUCGAGCAACGACACAGACCGGCUCGCCUUGCUUCACUUCAAACAAGGAAUUAUCGACGACCCUGACAUGGUUCUCAGCUCUUGGAACGAUUCAGUCCAUUUCUGUAGCUGGUUCGGAGUCACCUGUCAUCCUGAUGACUCCAACCCGUCUCGAGUCAUGUCUUUGGCCCUGAACCGCCAACGUCUAGUAGGCACUUUGUCACCCUACAUAGGCAACCUCACCUCUCUUCAGGGUCUCAGCCUCUUAGACAACAGCUUCAGGGGAGAAAUCCCUCAGGAACUCGGCAACUUGCUCCUCCUCCGCCACCUCAAUCUCUCUGCCAACUACUUCACGGGCGAAAUACCCCUCAACUUGACUCGUUGCUUUCGACUCAGCUUCUUGUUGUUGGAGCGAAAUAACCUCACCGGCCCAAUCCCUCCGGAGAUUGGGACACUAUACAAGAUCCAGUAUCUCAGACUUGGAACCAACAAGCUCACGGGACAACUCCCUCCUUCGUUAGGAAAUCUUUCCAUGCUAAUCGAUUUCGGUGUUGCAUACAAUGGGCUGGUGGGGAGCAUUCCAGAAAGAUACGGCCAGCUCUCCAGCUUAAAGAUGUUCAUCGUCGGUGUCAAUCAGCUAUCCGGUGUCGUUCCUGAAUCUCUUUUCAAUCUAUCAUCGCUCAACAUGAUGACACUCACGAUGAACCAGUUCCAGGGAACUCUGCCACAGGACAUUGGUUUCACUCUGCCUAAUCUCCAGAUGUUUGCCAUCUCCAGCAAUGCGUUCACAGGAAACAUCCCUGCCUCUUUCUGCAAUGCCUCUGGACUUCAGAUGUUGAACAUGAACCGGAACCAUUUCCAGGGCCGGCUCCCUGACUGCCUCGGAAAUUUACCGGCGCUUGGUGAACUGGAUGCCGCUGCAAACAACCUCGGGAGCAAUUCGACUGGGGACUUUGCGUUCCUGAAGUCGCUGGCAAAUUGCAGCCAGUUGACACGAGUGGGCGUUGCGGAGAACAACUUGGGGGGACAGGUUCCAGAUUUCUUAGCAAAUUUAUCGGCAUCCACGUUCAAGCAACUGUUCCUAGGUGUCAAUCAGGCCACAGGAUUCAUCCCGGCAGGGCUGCAGAAUCUCCUUCGGUUAACUGAUUUGGACUUGACGACCAAUCUCUUCACAGGACCCAUUCCAUCUUUCCUUGGAAAGCUUCCAAAUUUACAAAGAGUGGGACUUGCAGGAAACCAACUCUCCGGUCAGGUCCCUUCCUCCAUUGGCAACCUCACCCAGUUGUUUGAACUUGACAUUUCAUUCAACGAAUUGCAAGGGAAUCUCCCUGCAGAUAUUUCCCGUGCUCAGAAGUUGGUUCUGUUAGAUGUUUCGAGUAAUAAGUUGGAUGGAAUGGUUCCUCCAGAGAUAAUGCAGCUGGCCACCCUUUCGAAAUUACUGAACCUGUCAUGGAACUCGUUCACAGGAAAUCUACCUGGAGGAGCAUGGAAACUACAGUCUCUAACUUCAUUAGAUCUCUCUCACAAUAACUUUACAGGUGAAAUUCCUGCUGAGAUUGGUGGCUGUAAGGGCUUGGUGUACCUAUACCUACAGAGCAACUCAUUCACUGGGAAGAUUCCUGAAGCUUUGGCCUCUCUGGCAGGGAUAGAGCAAAUGGAUCUUUCCCACAACAGAUUAACUGGAACAAUACCGUUGCCUCUGCAGAACAUUCAUAGUUUGCAGUACUUGAAUCUUUCUUUCAAUGACCUUGGUGGCGAGGUGCCAACUGGAGGGAUUUUUUCCAACACUAGCAUCUUGUCGUUAGGAGGAGCUAACGCGAUGUUGUGUGGUGGUGUCUCGCAACUGCAUUUGCCCAAAUGCAGAGUAACUCAGAAGAACAACACAAGGAAGUCUCUCAAGGUGAAGUUGUCAAUCAUACUUGUUCCCUCUUUGUUUCUAUCUCUGCUCGUGGUAUUGGGGAUAUUCUUCUAUUACAUGAGUAGCAGAAGAUCAAACAAGCAGAAAGUGUUUGAUGAUCUUGGGUUGGGUAAAUUGGCAGCGGUUUCGUACAAAGACCUCCAUCAGGCAACUAAUGGAUUCUCUGCAGCCAACUCCAUCGGGUCAGGUGGUUUUGGCAUAGUGUUCAAAGGUGUACUAGAGCAUACCGAAACACUUGUGGCCAUUAAGGUGCUCAGAAACGGGGAUAAGAAAGUGGACAAGAGUCUGAAGGCAGAGUGCAAUGCGUUGAGAAAUGUUCGUCAUCGAAACCUUGUGAGGCUCAUAACCUACUGCUCUAGCUUGGACUAUAAGGGCAACAAUUUCAACGCUCUGGUUUACCAAUUCAUGGAGAAUGGAAGCCUUGAGAAGUGGCUUCAUCACUCCGAUGAUGAUGGCAAUCCCAACUUAAGCAUGAUCCAACGACUCAACAUUGCAUUGGAUGUGGCAACUGCACUACACUACCUUCACGAACUCAACGGAGGAGUAUCCAUCAUCCACUGUGAUUUGAAACCCAGCAAUGUCUUACUGGACGCGGACAUGGUAGCUCAUGUGAGCGAUUUCGGCCUUGCCGUGCUUAUGUCAACCGAAGUUGAUCACCAUAGCUCGUUAUCCGGGAGCAAAACGAGUAGCCUUGGUGUGAAGGGAACGAUCGGUUAUGCUCCUCCAGAGUACGGAAUGAGCGCCACGAAUGGUACAAAAGAAGGCGAUGUUUACAGCUACGGAAUCCUGGUGCUGGAAAUGUUCUCCGGGAAAAGGCCAACUGAUGAAUUGUUCGGCGGUGAUGGCGGGUGGCUGAGCCUGCGCGACGCUGUGAAAGCGGCUCUGCCGAAUGAUGUAUAUUCAGUGUUGGAUCCAAAGCUGUAUUCACCAGAGGACAGGGACGCAGCCGAAGCAGAGGGCAGGGAUGAAAACGAAGAAGAAGGAGAAGAGGGAGGUACUGGGAAUGUAAUGCCAACAACCAGAAGGACCACCGCUUUGCAGCAUAGAAAUUACUGCUUCGUUUCAGUGCUGGAAAUCGCGGUGGCUUGCGCUGCAGAAUCGCCGAGAGAGCGGAUGAAGAUUGAUGAAGUUGCACGAAAGUUGCUCUCCGUUAGGGAUUAUUUCCAGGCGAAUUGCAUCAAUUCCGGCAGAGCAAGCCAGCAGCCAUCGAGAGUAAGGAAUCCGAACAAUUAG